GGGGAACAAAAGACUUCCAGCUAACAGCAAUUUUGCAAAGAGCAAACGAACUCUGAAAAUAGCCAGACCUAGAUUUAAAAUAGCUAAGUAGGCAACAGUGACCAUAAAGUAAAUAAAAAAUGGUGCUCACAAAUUAUCUCCAUCAAACAUGAACAAAUCUCAGGAGAGGAGCAGCAGCUCCGCCAUCUCCACACCAAAUGUGGCUGCCGAAGACCUGCACAAUGUGAGCGACACAUUCUACACGAGCCAGCGCAAGGGAAGUCACGUUUUCCGGGUUCGCCUGGACGCCUCGGGAUUCACACUGCAACGCGAAUCGCCGAGUGGCGUGACGAUCAAAGAGCAAACAGUGAAAUUAUGUGAUAUUGUUGGUGCUCGCUGUAUGCGCUUGAAGAAGUCAUCGCGCAGUCUGGCCAGAUGUGCGUGCGUCAAUCCGGGAACACCAGCUGCAGGUGGCGCUGGUCGCAAAGGUGCCACGCCCAGUAAAUGCAGCACAGCCAGCAAGGAGGAUUAUUAUGUGUGCGAUGGAGGCGAUGCCAGCGCCUAUUUGUAUCUGUUUGCCUAUGUGCUGAAGAAGAAGAGCCUGCGGAGCAGUCUGCAUCGUGAGCGAACUGUGCUCACACUGCGCUUUAGAUCCUUUGAUACCUUUGAGGAUAAUAUGCGAGAGGCGGAUCGUUGGUAUCGCGCUCUUCGCUGGCAACUGCACAACACCUUGGAAGAGAUAUUUGUGGACCGUUUAGAUGAGUCACGUCGUCGUCGUGCUCUGGUGCUGCUCAAUCCCAAGUCGGGAUCGGGCAAUGCACGUGAGGUAUUCAACAUGCAUGUCGCACCCGUGCUCAACGAAGCCGAAGUGCCCUACGAACUGUUUGUGACCAAACAUUCCAAUUAUGCUAUCGAAUUUAUGAGCACACGUCGCCUGGACGAUUGGUGCUCCAUUAUAGCCGUCGGCGGAGACGGACUCUUCCAUGAGAUAGUCAACGGACUGUUGCGUCGCGAGGAUUGGGCCAAGGUCCUGGACAGCAUUGCCCUGGGCAUUAUUCCGUGCGGAUCGGGCAACGGCCUGGCACGCUCCAUAUCACAUGCCUUCAAUGAACCGUACUUCAGUAAUCCCGUCUUGGGCGCCGCCUUGACCGUCAUCAGUGGACGCAGCUCGCCAAUGGAUAUGGUCCGUGUACAGCUGCAGAAUCGUGUCAUGUUCUCGUUCCUGUCCAUUGGCUGGGGUCUCAUCUCGGACGUGGACAUUGAGAGUGAGUGCAUACGCAUGUUUGGCUAUCAGAGAUUCACCAUUUGGACACUGUAUCGUUGGGCCAACUUGCGCACGUACAAUGGCAGAAUCAGUUAUCUCCUGGCGGAGGAGUCCUCGGAAACAACAGAAGCCACACAGUCGGAGCAACAGCGAAAGAUGCAAUCGAGUCGCAGUUGUAAUGUCCAUAUGGAUAAGCUGUGCAAUCCCAGCUGUCGUCGUUCCACAGAGUAUCUGCCGCAGGAAUUCGAGGAUGUCAUCUCGCUGGAAACGUCCAUCAAUCAAUCGUUUCGUUCCCGCUGCGACAGCUGGCUGUCGGGAGGAUCGAGACGCAGCUGUUACUAUUCCAUAUCAGAAAGUGUCUAUCACAGUCUGGCAGAUGAGAGUGAGUUCACACAGCCAUCGACAGCUGGCUUGGAAGAAUGCCAGCAGAACUUUGGACCAAGCAGUAGUUUGCCUCCAUUGGAUGAACCAUUGCCGGAGUCAGCGGGUUGGCUGGUGGAGGAGGGCGAAUUUGUGAUGAUGCACGCCAUCUAUCAAUCACAUCUCGGCAUUGAUUGCCACUUUGCGCCCAAGGCACAACUCAAUGAUGGCAAAAUUUAUCUCAUCCUGAUACGCGGAGGCAUCAGUCGUCCGCAUCUGCUGAGCUUCCUGUACAACAUGAGCACGGGCACACAUCUGCCGGAAAAGAACAAUGCGUAUGUCAAGGUGCUGCCGGUGCGUGCGUUCCGUCUGGAGCCACAUGACAAUCACGGCAUCAUCACUGUCGACGGGGAACGCAUUGAAUUUGGCCCCCUUCAGGCGGAAAUACUUCCGGGCAUUGCACGCGUCAUGAUACCCAAGUAAAUUGGAGGGUGGUGGGCGUAGGUGGAAAAGGAAAAGCAAUUCAUGAAUCUCAAACAACGAGCAAUAAUUAAUCUCCAUUGGGAAACUCAAGCAUUUGUAUAUGUAGUUGUAGACAAUUCCGUUGUUAGGUUUGUCGGUAUCAGAAUAUCUAACAAAUAUAUGUACAUGGUAUACUUUUUUAUUGCUGUAGUUAUGCUACAACAC